AUGCUCGCAAUUGAUCACGAUCAGCUCCAAUUCAACUGCCUCCUCCCUCCUCAUCAGGAUUAUGCAAUUCCCGAGCCCCUUUUCGAAUUCGAUUCUGACAGCUUCCUUCCUUACUUCUCCUCUUCCUACGACGACCACAACCUCAUUUCCCUCUGCCCUGAAAUCUUCCCUCUCAACGGGCUGGACAAUUUUCCAUACUCCUACCACUGUGAUCAGAAUCCUGACUUCUUUUAUUGCUGCACAGAGCCUAGCCUCUUCCCCGGGUUCCCUGCUCCGGCGACGGUUGAUUUUCUGGAUGACAUUCCAGUUCCAGCUGCUCCGUUGCCGGCUCCAACGUUUGAGCCGCCAGCUGAGCCGAGCGGCGGCAAGGAAGACGAGGAGGUGAUGAACAAGAAACAGGGCAAUGGGGAUGGAGUGACCUUGUCGGCGCAGAGUAUUGCUGCGAGGCAUAGAAGGAGGAGGAUAACGCAGAAGACUCAGGAGCUAGGGAAGCUGAUUCCUGGUGGGAACAAGCUGAAUACUGCUGAGAUGUUCCAAGCUGCUGCCCAAUAUGUCAAGUUCUUGCAGGCUCAAAUAAGCGUUCUUCAAUCCAUGGACUCGCCUCAGACCAUACAGGAACCAAUUGAGGUCCCGAAAGAGCUGCAGACGCUGGUGACGUCGCCGGUGAUCCAGCAGAAGAUGUAUUCGGAAGAGAAGUGCUUCGUCCCAACUGAGCUUCUCCAGAAACUGGUGCAUCGUUCUGAGGUCCAAUCGAAACCGAUGGUUAUGAAGGAGAUUGAUGUGUUGCUGCUGAACAAACAACACUGA